UCCCUGGCGUCGCCAAGGUAACUCAGCUGCAGGCCAUGGACUCCAGGGCAGGUGGGAGCUGGGGUCGCUCCACUCCACCAAGUGCAGCCCAGACGCCCUGGGUAAUCCUGCAGUCCCCUCAUUGGGUCGCCCUGCCACCACCGCCGCCGCCGCUGGGCCACGUUAAGGAAGGCCUCCUGGAGCUGCUGCUGCUGCAGAACGCACAAGUGCACCAGUUGCUGCUCUGCCGCCUGGCAGAGGGCUCCCUGGAUCCCUUGCUGCCCGUGCCCAACCUGCAGGCCGGCCUGGUGGGUCAGCACGAGGAACUGGAGGAAGCGAUGGGCAUCCAGGAUGAGAGGCCUCUGGUGUUCCAUCACCACUAUCUGCCCUGCCUGCCGCCCACCCUGGGCCCUCUGCUAGCCUGGCCUGCCUCCCUCCUUCCCCCUCCACCAUGCCGGCCCCACCUGCAGGACACACCCAGGAUUCAGCACCAUCCUCUGGCCUCCAGGAAGAGGGACAAGAGAGCUGUGCCCCCACCACCUCCCCCCAGUGCCACAGGAACUGUGGGUGCAGAUGUACCCCCAGCUUCAGACUACUACGACGCAGAGAGCCUACCCUGAGGGGUGACCCUCGUCCAGGGCCUCACCAGUGGCUUCGUCCUCGUCCUGCUGUCUCAUGUCCUGUCUGCCAGCUCUGUGCCUUCAGCCGGUGGCCCUUCCUACCCCUC